AUGAUAAGCGCAACGAGACGCUGGUUUCGGCGCCAUCGCAAUGGUCUAGCUAUUGGUGUUGGUGUGAUUGGGGUGGGAUACCUGGCUGGUCAAUUUGUCUUAUCGAAGAUCACGGAGGCUAGGGAGCGCAUGAGUAGUGAGAGGAUAGCCCGAGAGAACCUUCGAAGGAGAUUCGAACAAAACCAGACUGACUGCACCUUUACCAUUCUUGCCUUGCUUCCGACAGCUACGGAGAAUAUCCUUGAAGCUCUACCCGUCGAAGAGCUGACGAAUGAACUGCAGCAGAAGAAAGCGGAACGCCUUGCAAAACUCAAACCUGGGGAGGCGACAGGGUCUGAGAUCAGUUCGCAUUCACCGAGCACAGCGGAGGAUGAUGUGCGGAGUCUUUCAAGUUUCCCAAGUGAAGGGUAUGUGCAUGCAAGCCAGGUCGGGGAGAGCGCUUCAGGAACAAAUUCCCCGAAGCCAAAAGGUAGAACUCAAUUAUGGAAUGAUCUGAAGAUUAAUUCAUUGACGAGAUCGCUUACCCUUAUCUACACCCUCUCCCUCCUGACCCUCCUCACACGCAUCCAGCUCAAUCUCCUCGGUAGACGAAAUUAUCUUUCUAGCGUGGUAUCGCUGGCCUCGUCUCCUCAGGACCAAUCAACCAUCAAUCUUGAAGACCAUGAUGACGACGGCAUUGGACAUGCCUUUGGCAAUGACUUUGAAACCAAUCGACGCUAUCUAACUUUCAGCUGGUGGCUCCUACACCGUGGCUGGCAACAGCUAAUGGACAAGGUCAAGGAAUCUGUAGAAGACGUGUUUGGACCUGUGAAUCCGCGAGAGGACAUGACGCAAGAGAAGCUGUCGGAAUUGACCCUCGCUGUGCGGAAGAAGGUCGAAGGGGCUACGGAAGAAGAGCGAAGAUUAACACCAUGGCUCCCAUACCUCCUCCCCUCCCGGGACCAGGAAGACUAUGUCCUCAAAGAAUCCGGUGUUCUCUCCGCCUCCGAAACCUCCUCCUCCCAAAACUCCUCAAGCCUCCGUCACCUCCUCGACGAAACCUCCGACAUAAUCGAGUCUCCCCAAUUCUCCCAAAUCCUCACCCUCCUCAACAACGAAGCCUUUUCCACCCUCAUCGAUACCAAAUGUGCAGUCGAGGCCUUCAAAAGCAACCCCCCGCAGGACCCACGGUCAGACGAACAACUACAACAAGUCUUCUCAUCCUCCUCAACCCUCCACCCAUCCCCCUCCCCUCCCCUACCCUCUAAAGCCAAACUCGCCACCAUCCUCGCCGUAAUCGCCCGCCAAGCCCACGUCAUUGGCAACGGCAAUGAUCCGCCAAACGAAUACCUGGCCACCAUGGAGCAAGGGGUUCGUGAACUCGAGGCCUUCGCGGCUGUCGUCUACAGCAGCAACUUCGAUGUCAAGUUGCCCAUCAUCCCAGAUCGAAAAUCUGGUGAAGCGGUGGUGGCGUCGGGGUCGAAGAGGGAUAAUAUAUUGCAGGGUUUGGAGGACUUUUCGAGCGAGACGCCGAUUGGGGGUGAAGGGAGUGUUGUUUGUGUGGAUGGCGGAUCGGCUGCGAUUGAUGAGGGCGAUGCUACGUCCGGCUUUGAGAAGGUGUGGGGUAAAGCGGUUCAGCACUAG